UUCUUAUUUAUUCAAUUCAUUCAUUAAAUAAUCUUUUCGCUUGCUUGUUGUGUAAAGUAUGUAUUUGGUUGUAAAGAGUUGUUUUCUAGGCGAUUCAAAGUAAUUUUAUGGAUUCAAAUAAACCAAAUUAUUCAUAGGAAAUUGUUAUGGGGGCUAAGGACUCAAAACAAAUAUGUAUAACUUACGAAGAAGCUGUAAAAAGAGUGACCGAAGCGGAGUUGAAGCGCUUGAAGGAAGCAUUCAAGAGAUUGUCCAACCUAAAUGGGUUUAUCAGCAAGCAAUCAUUCGUGAAGGAUGUGCUUGGAGAUGGGGUACCGGUGGCGGUUGCUGAGUAUAUCUACACAGCAUGUGGAGGAACAACGAAAGGCAUCGCUUUGAAGGAGUUACUCUGCGGCUUGGUGCUGAUCACUCGGGGUCAAGAGGAUGAGAAAAUCAAAUUUUUAUUCGGGCUCUACUCCAAUGAGAGUGGGACGUACAUUCUCAAAGAGGAGUUCCAAAAGUACCUCCAGGUCUGUGAGAGCAGCUACAUCCCUGAUUCCAUUGGUGCCUUGUUCAAUGAGAGAGGAAAAGAUCGGGUGACCUUGGAGGAAUUUGGAGAGUGGCUGAGAGACUACCCUGACGCCACAUCUCUAAGUCGGUGGCUGCUGUGUGAGCCCUGCGCGGUAACCAUCAGUAACGAGCUCGAGACACCGACCUUCUACCAGACUCUGGCCGGAGUCACUCACCUGGAAGAGAGAGACAUAAUCGAGUUGGAGAAGCGAUACUGGGUGUUGAAAGGAGAGUCCCGCACCGGCAAGCUGGACCUGGAGACGUUGAGACCACUGAUCAGUCCGCCGGUACCUCUGAGCGUGUGCACCGGCGUGUUCGCAGCCUUCGACGAGAACAGAGACAACCACAUAGACUUCAAGGAGAUGGCCUGUGGAAUAUCGGCAGCCACGCGCGGCCCUAUGGCUGAGAGGCAGAAGUUUUGUUUCAAGGUAUUUGACCUUGACCGAGAUGGGCUUUUGUCAGAAUCAGAGAUGGAUCACAUGGUGGAUGUACUUCUGCAUCUGCACCAUGAGAACUCGCCAGAUGGAGGUACAACUGAAGACAAAAAAGAAGUUCUUGCAGAGCUCAAAUGUCGUGCUUCUCCCAAGGGUCUUACGAUUGAGGAAUACUUGAUAUGGUCUAUGGACAACCUCUUGUCUACGGAUUUUCUCUGUCUCCUUUUCCAAGUGUGCCAUGUAGUGUUAGGUCUGAGACCUGUGUCCAAUAAGGAGGAGGGGGAGAUCGUGCGUGGCUGGCUGGAAAGAGAGGAGAGAAGAGGUUACAGUGUUGGCCAGUUCUGGUAUUUGAUAGCAAUGGAUUGGUGGCAGAGUUGGCUCGAGUACGUCGGCUUUCCUCCCAACGGAUGCGGUAGUGAGACAAGUCUCAACAACUUGACAUCGACAGAGAGCGGAAGUCUCAAGCGAGUGGCACAGCGACUCACAGGUUCCAAGCGAACCAUAGUGGAGAACUGUGUGGCUCUGGAUAACUCGCCGGUGAGUGUAGAGGGAGCUGGCUUAACAGGUGCACUCAACUGUUCAAUGCUACAACUGUUCAAGUAUUAUACAUGGGUGGUAGUGACUGGUAUAACAUCACUGGAGUCAGACUCACAAAACCUGCUUUCUCCAAAUUUGAGUGUCACACCGAGCCCAUCACAAUCUCCCAGACCAGUUCGUCGUCAUCCUGUCACACCUGGGCCGAUUGAUAACAACUGUCUUAUUGCUCCUCCCAUGUUCAAGGUCAGCAGUUUGACGGGGGAAGGUGGAAAGCUGAAGAAGACGCUGAUGUUGGUGCAGUCGAGGGACUUUGAACUGGUUCCUGACUCUCUGUGGAAGGCCCUGUCGCAGUGGUACGGAGGCUCCCCACCACUGCCUCGUCAGGUGAUAAUGCCACGAGAUAGCAACCAGGUAGAGCUGGAACUCUACCCUAUCACCCUGAAGCUGCUGAGGCACCAGAGUCAGUUUCCCAGGCUUCCGCAGCAGCCCUCUACCUGGACUGGAGUGGUGGGAGGCUAUGGUGCUCUUAUAGGCACGACGGGGUAUCCAUAUGUGUCCAACCUGCCCACCCCACCCAAGCGAUACCUGGCGUACUUGGCCACCUUUAGUCGCUUGGCCACUGUCCACCAGGUCUACGACUUUCUGUGUGAGAGGCUACACUUGCGGAUGGACGACAUUCGUCUUUGGCUCUGCCAUGAUGAGAAUAACAUGGUGCUUAUUGAAGAGGAAGAAGCAACACUAGAGGAGUUGGGGGUGUGCGAUGAGGACCAACUUCUAAUUGAGGUGCGGAACAAGGAUCUGACAUGGCCCGAAGAGAUUGGUUCUCUGGCGAUUCCCCCUAGUGAUAGAGUCAAACAGCAGGUGGCAACAGAGAAAGGUGCAACAGGACUCAACAAUCUAGGCAACACUUGCUUUAUGAACUCGGCUCUGCAAUGUGUCAGCAACACUCGUAUACUGACUCGUUACUUCAUCAAAAAUUUUCAUCUCUACGAGCUUAACAGGACAAAUCCUUUGGGAAUGAAGGGUCAUAUAGCCAAACGGUACGGAGAUCUUAUACAUGAGAUAUGGAGUGGCUCGUCGAAGACCGUGGCUCCUCUCAAACUCAGGUGGACUAUAGGCAAGUACGCUCCUCGCUUCAAUGGCUCCCAGCAGCACGACUCCCAGGAGCUGUUGGCUUUCCUGCUGGAUGGUCUGCACGAGGAUCUGAACCGUGUUCACGACAAGCCUUAUGUGGAACUCAACGACAGUGACGGACGCUGUGAUGUCAGUGUGGCUCAAGAGGCUUGGGAAAACCACAUUCUGAGGAACAAGUCAAUAAUUGUGGAUCUAUUUCAUGGGCAACUCAAGUCCAAAGUGAGGUGCAAGGUUUGUGGCCAUGAGUCUGUGAGGUUCGACCCCUUCAACUACCUCUCAUUGCCUCUGCCAAUGGAGUCCUACAUAUACAUCCAAGUCACUGUAUUGAGAUUGGAUGGAUCAGUACCUACCAAGUAUGGACUACGGCUGAAUAUGGACGACAAGUACGCGAAUCUGAAGCAGAAUUUGUCCACUCUAUGUAACAUACCACCGUCAUACAUGAAGCUUGCUGAGUUGACAGGAUCACAGAUCAAGACUGUGUUGCAUAAUGACCACAAGGUGAAGCCUCCACAGAGUGGACUGUUGUAUGCGUACGAGCUGCCUACAUGCCCCAACUCAGGUUCCAUUUAUGGUGAUGACGAGAGGCUCUCAAUCACCAGUCUCAAGUCUCAGAGAGAAGCUCAGACAUUCCAGGCCAUCCAGAGGUCCAUACAGCCACAAGCUGUUUCGAGAGGGAAUACCAGUCCUGUGGUUUACGGUGAGGACAUAAGUACAACUGCCAGUAGUAUUGCUGUCACAGUCGAGUCAGAGGGGAUGAUAGACACCCUGGCGAUGGAGGUGACGGAGACGAUACCAGAUAGUGGCAACUGUAGUGCUAGCAGUUGUAGCCUUGCCGAUAGUGUCGACACAAACUCUUGCCAACAACCUGGCUUCAUCCUUGCCUUUCACCGCAAACUGAUCCAGCAAGAUGUGUACUUUGUGUCGUCACAAAAGAGCAAGCCCAGUCUGUUUGGUGUGCCUGUCAUCGUUCCUUGCUGUGACAACACCAGUCACCAAGACCUGUACCAGUCAGUGUGGCUGCAGGUGGCUCGGCUAGUGUCCCCCCUCCCACCGUCAGAGACUGCCCCACCGAACCACGCUAUGGACUGUGAUGACAGUUUGGGGUACGAGUUCCCAUUCGUACUGAAGGCAGUGAACCGAGAGGGUACAGCUUGUGCCUGGUGUCCGUGGUAUAGGUUCUGUAGGGGCUGCCGAAUCCAGUGCUGUGAUACAGAGUUUAACUUCUCCAGCAGCUUCCUUGCCAUAGACUGGGAUCCAACUGCAUUGCAUCUGCGUUACCAAACCGCUCAAGAAAAGGUAUUUGAGGAGCACAGCAGUGUACAAAUGAUGAGGCAACUCCAACAUGAGCCUAUCAACCUGGACUACUGCCUAGAGGCCUUUACCAAAGAGGAACAGUUAGGAGACGAGGAGAAGUACUACUGCUCCAAGUGUAAGCAACACCAGCUGGCGAGCAAGAAACUGGAGAUCUGGAGGUUACCUCCGAUUCUGAUUGUCCACCUGAAGAGAUUUCAGUUCCUAAAUGGAAAGUGGGUGAAGUCACAGAAAGUCGUGAAAUUUCCAUUACACAACUUUGAGCCCACAUCAUACCUAGCCUCGAUUCCUCGUGAGACAAUUCUUAGGCACAAGGCCAUGAGUAAAGAGGAGCAGAAUGAAGGCAAUGCAGAGGGCUCGAACAAAGGCAGCGAUCAUUCUCCUGUACCUAAGGAACCUAGUGAAUCUCCGAAUCCCACCAUACCAUCUCAGCCUCCAGGUUCUGGGUCUGAACCACUGCAAGAUUUCCAUCAACACUUGCUCUGUGAGAACUCCGAUCCUUUUGACCUCCGUUACAACCUCUACGCCAUUGUUGUAAGUCAUUGCAUACCAAUUCCUGUAACACCUGGCCAUUAACCCUUUCACUGCCACCAA